GCGGACUCGAAAAUUUUAUACACACAAAUGGCAAAUCUGUGGAAUUAAAAAUUGUGAUAGUGCGUCAUAGUGGUGUUAAUGAAAUAAGAAACGAAACGUUGACGAAGAUGUUAAUUUUUCCCAAACUCAUUACCCCAAAUUUUCGAAUUCGUCUCUGUAAACAAAUUGCAUGGAGAAAUAUUCGUCCAUGGAGAUGGAGGCUUACCAAGAAACCCAGAUAAAGCCUCCAAAAGUGUUCCUCAAUUUCCGAGGAGUCGAGCUGCGACAGAGCUUUAUCGCUCACCUCGAGGUGGCUUUGACAAGGGGAGGAGUCAACGUACAUGUAGACCAGCGGCUGCAACUUGGAGACCAGCUCGAUGUUUUCAAGGGGAUCGAAGAGUCAAGGAUAGCUCUUGUCAUCUUAUCGGAAAGGUAUACUGAGUCUAAAUGGUGCUUAGACGAGCUUGUGAAGAUCCAAGAACUUGUUGAGCAAGGCAAACUUAUGGCGAUUCCCAUUUUCUACAAUCUGCAUCCAUCCGUAGUGGAAAGUCUUGACGGAGAAUUUGGAGAUAACUUGUGGAAACUCGGGAAGCAUCUUCCUGACUUUGACAAGCUCAAGCAAUGGAAAGAAGCUUUGAGAUUCGUUUCUAGAUUGGCGGGUUUGGUACUAAAUGAGAAAAUUAUAGAAUCCAAGUUUAUCGAUAAUAUCGUCAAGCAUGUACUUAUGGCUCUGAGCCGUCUUCCGAGGGAAGCUGAUAGCGCUACUAAAGCUAAAUUUCCCGGAAUAUCAAGAAAGGAAGGUGGUCUGAAUUUGAGAAAGGAUGAUGAUUUCCUCAGCGAACCAAACUCUGGUGCACUCCCUGAGCUACAGGAUAGAGAAGAAAAGAAGCAAGAAAAUGUAAGUGAAAGCUCUGCCAUGGUAACUUACGACCAAAGGGAUAAAGUGUUCAUCAGUUUUAGGGGAGUUGACGUCCGCCGUACUUUUAAUUACUACUUAACAAAGGACUUGGAAAGGAACGGAGUCAGCGUCUUCAAAGACGUAGAGUUGAAGGGUAGCCUUCGUGAAAUCAUUUUCAAGGGGAUGGAGGAGUCAAAGAUCGCACUUGUAAUCUUCUCGAGCGGGUAUGCAGCAUCCGCUUGGUGCUUAGACAACCUAGUGAAGAUCAAAGAGCUCAUGGACGAAGGCAUACUCGAGUUUAUGCAGUAUGAAACAGAAUAUCCAUAUCCGUAUUAUAUGGAUUGA